CUUUUGUGACCCCCCUCCAUGACUGCCAAUGGUUUCACACGUAGCUUUGCUGUUCAACCCUUCGACCACAAUACAAUAGCUUGCUUCCCAGACUCCAUGCCUUACCUGUGGUCAAAAAUAAUCUGUUGUUUUCCAACAAACACCAGUGUGGGCUCAUUAUUUGGUCGGGAGGAUUUUCCUGUCCUGAUUUUUGAAGAAAAGUAAAAAAAAAUGAAAUCUUCCUCCUGGUUUGUGCUGUAAACCCAUGGUAGGGUUACCAUCCUGUCGAGUGGGACAGGUAGUUGGGUGUCACCUAACGAACAUGGGUCGCAGAAGGGUUGUGUGGUAGUCGAAGGGUUAAACCUAAGACGGGAUACACAGCAUGCGAGGAUGAGGGUUAGCUAUGUUUCAGCCGACCUGCCGUCGCUGUAGAUUUGAGGCAGGCAGACAACAAAACGCUCUCAGAGGCAUUACGGUUGUGUCAGCAUUGUAGAGGCACAUAAACUCGUUAAUUGUUGGAUUUCUCUCUAUAUGAAGUGCCCUAAGAAGACAUAGUGUAAAGAAUUGGCACUUUAGAGAUUUAUUCUCCCAAUUUCCUGCUUGUCUGGGCUCUAUUUAAAUUAUCCUACCUUAACCACCUCAAACUUAAGAUUUUAUUUGGCCUCAGUAAAUAAUAGUAAUUUCAUUUAAUCCAGCUGGCUUAAAAAUUUGCUCAUAUUUACUUUUAAGAUGAAAAUAAACCACGAACAACAGCUCUCAGCCAGCUAGUUGAGUUAUUUAUUUUUUCUGAUUUCUUCCUCCUGAUAUGAGCUGACGUAGCCUGAGUUUUUCAGGUUUAGUUUAGCCCAUCCAACGCCUGCAUGUAGAGAGAGCUCUUUGUACAAAGUUGUUGUGUAAAUAUAUUUUUAUUUUACAACUCUGUAAAAUAGAAAUAUGUUAUCAAGAAAAGUUUUGUACCACAAUACCACAGGCCCAUACUAACUGUCCUUAAUUUCUCUCCUACAGCAGUACUGCUUUGCCAGUCCUGUACUGCACUCUGUUAAGGGUGCAGCAACUCAUCCUGUGUAGGUUAUGGGAAACACAGUGCACUUAUCAGUUUGGUCAGGGUCCCCUGGCUGCUUGUUUGGGGGGCUGUGAGGGGAUUCAGAUGCAGCGCAGCCUCUUCAACCCUCCCAGCUUUUAUUUGGCUGAUCAGAUAAAGUUGAAAACAGUUCUCAUUCAUCAAAAUAUUUGACUACAUGUCUUUUAUUAAAUCCUGGAAAGAAAGUCAAGAUCUAGAUAAGCAGCGCUGUGAGGAAUCAGCGUGGUUCUGGCAUUUCUGAAUAUUUUUCUGAUUCAUUCUUUAUUAAUAAUUUUAUAUUUGAAUGUAAUUUACUUCCCAAAUUUCAUUUUUAUCUGCUAAUUUAAAAUAAUUGGGAAUCUGCACCACAGAGUCAAGUUAAUUUAUUUCUAGUUUUGUGGUUAUGGCCCAGGAAGAUGCAUUGUUCUUUUGAGUGCCGUAAAUCAUUGCAACACAGGUGGUAUACUGUUGUGUGUGAGUUUAAACCCUUUUCCAAAGUGUUACUAAUGGUAAAGAGAAAUUUUCUAGGCUUCUUUUCUGCCGGUUGAAGUCUGACUGCAGAAGGACCCUUGGCACUGAAAGUGGGGCAAAACGCCGGACCCCAAGCUGCAGGUCAGGUCGUAUGUGGACGUCAUGAGGGAGCAGAACCUGUCCAAAGAUGAGAGAGAGAUUCGUCGUCAGCUGGCAGAAAAGGCCAAAUCAGGGGAGCUGAAGGCUGUUAACGGGUCCGCUGCCAGCCAAGCUGCCGCAAAACGUAAACGCCGCUGGGAUCAGACAGCCGACCAAACCCCGUCCAACGCCACGCCCAAAAAGUUGUCCAGCUGGGACCAAGCUGACACCAAUGCUGAGACUCCAGGACACACACCUGCACACACACCCUCAAACAGCCGAUGGGAUGAAACCCCUGGCCGUCCUAAAGGCAGCGAGACCCCAGGCGCCACACCCAGUACCCGUAUGUGGGACCCCACUCCCAGCCACACCCCCGCCGGGGCUGCCACCCCUGGCAGAGACACACCCGGCCACGCCACACCCGGUCACGGCGGGGCCACAGGAAGUGUUCGCAAGAACCGCUGGGAUGAAACUCCAAAGACGGAGCGGGAGACCCCCGGACACGGGAGUGGCUGGGCGGAAACGCCACGAACGGACAGAGGAGACGAGUCUGUGGGUGAAACACCGACUCCAGGAGCCAGUAAGAGGAAGUCCCGGUGGGAUGAAACCCCCGCCAGUCAGAUGGGCUCCUCAACACCGCUGCUGACCCCAGGAAAAACCCCACUGGGAACACCAGCCAUGAACAUGGCGACCCCGACGCCAGGACACCUGAUGAGCAUGACUCCGGAGCAGCUGCAGGCCUGGAGGUGGGAGCGGGAGAUCGAUGAGAGGAACCGGCCUCUUACUGACGAGGAGCUUGAUGCGAUGUUUCCGGAGGGAUACAAGGUGUUGCCUCCUCCAGCAGGGUACGUGCCGAUCCGUACUCCGGCUCGAAAGCUGUCAGCCACGCCUACACCCAUUGGAGGGAUGACGGGCUUCCACAUGCAGGCUGAGGACCGAACCACCAAGCAGAUGAACGACCAACCUUCAGGAAACCUCCCCUUCCUCAAACCUGACGACAUCCAGUACUUUGACAAACUGCUGGUGGAGGUUGACGAGUCCACGCUGAGCCCAGAGGAGCAGAAGGAAAGGAAGAUCAUGAAGCUGCUGCUGAAGAUUAAGAAUGGAACACCGCCCAUGAGGAAGGCCGCUCUGCGUCAGAUCACCGAUAAAGCUCGUGAGUUUGGAGCGGGUCCCCUCUUCAACCAGAUCCUACCACUGCUCAUGUCGCCCACCCUGGAGGACCAGGAGCGCCACCUGCUGGUCAAAGUCAUCGACCGCAUCCUCUACAAACUGGACGACCUGGUCCGACCAUACGUACACAAGAUUCUGGUGGUGAUCGAGCCGCUGCUCAUCGAUGAGGAUUACUACGCCAGAGUGGAAGGCAGAGAGAUCAUUUCCAACUUGGCUAAGGCUGCUGGUUUGGCCACAAUGAUCUCCACAAUGCGUCCCGAUAUCGACAACAUGGACGAGUACGUCAGAAACACGACGGCCCGAGCCUUCGCCGUGGUGGCCUCAGCCCUCGGCAUCCCCUCCCUGCUGCCCUUCCUCAAAGCUGUGUGUAAAAGCAAGAAAUCGUGGCAGGCUCGGCACACAGGCAUCAAGAUCGUGCAGCAGAUCGCCAUCCUCAUGGGCUGCGCCAUCCUGCCUCACCUGCGCAGCUUGGUGGAGAUCAUCGAACACGGUCUGGUGGACGAGCAGCAGAAGGUGAGGACCAUCAGCGCUCUGGCUAUAGCUGCCCUCGCUGAAGCCGCCACGCCGUACGGUAUCGAGUCCUUCGACUCCGUCCUGAAGCCGCUGUGGAAGGGUAUCAGACAGCACAGAGGAAAGGGUCUGGCUGCUUUCCUCAAAGCCAUCGGUUAUCUGAUCCCGCUGAUGGACGCCGAGUACGCCAACUACUACACCAGAGAGGUGAUGCUGAUCCUCAUCAGAGAGUUCCAGUCUCCUGACGAGGAGAUGAAGAAGAUUGUGCUCAAGGUGGUGAAGCAGUGCUGUGGCACCGACGGUGUGGAAGCAAACUACAUAAAGACGGAGAUCCUGCCGCCCUUCUUCAAGCACUUCUGGCAGCACAGGAUGGCUCUGGACAGACGCAACUACAGACAGCUGGUGGACACCACGGUGGAGCUGGCUAACAAAGUGGGAGCAGCCGAGAUCAUUUCUCGCAUUGUGGACGACCUGAAAGACGAGGCGGAGCAGUACAGAAAGAUGGUGAUGGAGACCAUCGAGAAAAUCAUGGGGAACCUGGGUGCAGCCGACAUCGACCACAAGCUGGAGGAGCAGCUGAUCGACGGCAUCCUGUACGCCUUCCAGGAGCAGACCACAGAGGACUCUGUGAUGCUGAAUGGUUUCGGUACAGUGGUGAACGCCCUGGGGAAGCGUGUGAAGCCCUACCUGCCUCAGAUAUGCGGUACGGUGCUGUGGCGUCUCAACAACAAGUCGGCCAAAGUCCGUCAGCAGGCUGCAGAUCUGAUCUCCCGCACCGCUGUGGUGAUGAAGACCUGCCAGGAGGAGAAGCUGAUGGGUCACUUGGGAGUGGUGCUGUACGAGUACCUGGGAGAGGAGUACCCCGAGGUGCUGGGCAGCAUCCUGGGAGCUCUGAAGGCCAUCGUUAAUGUCAUCGGUAUGCACAAGAUGACUCCACCAAUCAAAGACCUGCUUCCUCGUUUGACUCCCAUCCUGAAAAACCGGCAUGAGAAGGUUCAGGAGAACUGCAUCGACCUGGUGGGCAGGAUCGCUGACAGGGGUGCGGAGUAUGUGUCGGCCAGGGAGUGGAUGAGGAUUUGUUUUGAACUGCUGGAGCUGCUCAAAGCUCACAAAAAGGCCAUCCGGAGAGCCACCGUCAACACGUUUGGCUACAUCGCCAAAGCCAUCGGCCCUCACGACGUCUUGGCCACGCUGCUCAACAACCUUAAAGUUCAGGAGCGACAGAACCGAGUCUGUACGACCGUGGCCAUCGCCAUCGUCGCCGAGACCUGCUCGCCUUUCACCGUGCUGCCGGCGCUGAUGAACGAAUACAGAGUACCUGAACUCAACGUGCAGAACGGAGUUCUCAAGUCGCUCUCCUUCCUGUUUGAGUACAUUGGAGAGAUGGGCAAAGACUACAUCUACGCCGUCACGCCGCUGCUGGAGGACGCGCUCAUGGACAGGGACCUGGUCCACAGACAGACCGCCAGCGCCGUGGUCCAGCAUAUGUCUCUGGGCGUCUACGGUUUCGGCUGCGAAGACUCCCUCAACCACUUACUGAACUACGUUUGGCCCAACGUCUUCGAGACGUCGCCUCACGUCAUUCAGGCAGUCAUGGGGGCCCUGGAGGGUCUGAGGGUGGCCCUGGGACCCUGCCGCAUGCUGCAGUACUGCCUGCAGGGUCUGUUCCACCCGGCCAGGAAGGUGAGGGACGUCUACUGGAAGAUCUACAACUCCAUCUACAUCGGCUCUCAGGACGCUCUGAUCGCCCACUACCCGCAGGUCUACAACGACGACAAGAACGUCUUCGUCCGCUACGAGCUGGAAUAUGUCUUGUAAAUACACAUCCAGCACUUCCCUCCUCCCUAGACGCCUCCAUCGCCUGCAUUUGGUUUUUAUUUAGUGGCAGCAUUGUCGUCACAUUCAGCUUCUCCUGUUCAAGCCUGAAAUCGGAUGUAAAAGAAAGAACCUUGUAGAGUCUGUAUGUAUUUUUUACUUUUCUCUUUCUUUGUGUUUGCUGUAAGGAGCAGUUGAGAUCUGACGAGUGUUGGUUUAGAAAUGCAGAGCCCUCAUCUGGAUUAUUUUGUCCGUGUAUUGAUGAUAAGCCUCCCUCAUUUUUCACACCUCCUCUGUUCUUAUUAGAUCCAUGCUUUAGUUUAACCAAAUAAAAUGUUUGUGUAUAAAAA